UGAUGUUGGAAUUCAUUUAAAAAGAGGUCGCCACCGUAUUCACUGCACUAUGUACGUACGAUAUACAUAAUUAAUGUUUACUUAAGUCAUUUCAGUGGUUAUGUAGUUGGUUUAAAAUUAUAAGAUUUUCUAAAAUUUCUUGAAACAAUAAAUGAAAAACAUCUCAACAUGAAAAUAAAUGUGAAAUUACCAAUACUAUAAAUAGUAAUUAUUAUAAAAGGAUAGUAAUUCAUAACUUUUAUUUGCGAAUUACGUGGUAAAAGAUGGAUGAUUAUAUAGUACCAUUAGAUCCUGAGACUGAAUUGUUUUGCACAUUAUAUUUAUUUAGAAAUGUGCAAAAUUGUAAUGAAAUACGUGAGAAAAUUAUGAAUGGCAAACUUUGUUGCGCUGUUAUAAAAGCAGCACUUAUAACGGAUCCCUUUCAUAUAUUAGUAGCCGCCAAUAAAGCAGCAAUUAGUGCAAAGAUGAAUCAGCUUAUUACAAAAAACGUAUAUACUGAAAUUUUAUUUAAUUUGUCGAUAUCAAAAAACAUAUCACGUUCAUUAAUGGAAUUUGGUAUUAAUGAUAAUGAUAAAAAUAUAUUGAUAAUACAGAUAUACAAAAACACAGAAGAAUCAAUGUCGCAAAUACUUAUGAAAAAUGUAAAAGGAGUAAACGUUUCAAUAUCAAAACUAGCUGAAUUUUCAGAUCUUGAGUUGAUAAAAAAAACAUAUAAAAUUGACAAAGACGAAGAAACUGUUUCUAAUUUAACUAAUUCUAUUGUAUCUAGAAUUAGUUGUAAAGAUUUUACAUUGUUAAAGUAA